AGGCUAGAUGUGUAGUGAAAAAAUACAAUAAUUUUCUUCAGUUUGAUAUCCUGUCUGCUUUGCUAAGGCAGCACAUGUUAAACUAUGUGGCCUUUAGCAUUUCUGGCCUUCACAUAUGGCUUAUUAUUAGCCUCAAACACACUGCAGAGGCAUGCCAAGGGGCACAAGUGAUGUGUAACUGACUGACUCAAUAAGUAAGCCUAAAACAGAGCCACACCAAUGGAAAAAGCUCGAAGGACUCAGGUCACUCUUGUCCAAAGUUCUUGCCUGGUUAACUCUUGUUUGCAGCUGUACCUUCUCAGUUUGCCUCUUAGAAGACAAUUCUUAGGUUUCAUCUCUUCAUGUGCAAAUAAAGAGGCAAAGUUAUGCACUAUUUCGACUGCAUUGUAGUCCAAAAGUUUUGAUUUUUUUUUUUACCUUACUUUUGUUAGACAGGUGCAUAAGGCACAAUGUUGCAGGUGAGGUUUAGGGUUACACUUUUGCUCCUUCUAUUAAUGGCCAGGUGUGUGGCACAGGAAGAAACCCAAACUAAAGGCUGCGUUUGUGGAUACCCUGGAAUACCAGGGGACCCGGGACACAACGGUGCACCUGGAAGGGACGGCCGAGAUGGACUCAGAGGUGAAAAGGGGGAUCGAGGUGAGACUGGCUCUACUGGAAGACCAGGCAAUGAUGGCAUCAAAGGAGACAAAGGAGAGCCUGGUGAAGUUGGUCCAGCAGGGCUCAAAGGAAAAAGGGGAGAUAAUGGAGACAAGGGCCCCCCUGGAAAAAUGGGGCCCCAAGGAGUCCAAGGGCCCAUUGGCUUGAAAGGAAACAAGGGGGAGAUUGGGCUGCCUGGAUCACAAGGGCCUAAAGGGGAUUUUGGGCCUCUUGGACCUGAGGGUCCCAAAGGGGAGAUUGGUCUGCGAGGCGACAGAGGCAUUCAGGGACCAGUGGGACCUCCUGGCAGGCCAGGGCCUAAAGGGGAAAUCGGUGUCCCAGGUCACAAAGGCAACAUUGGUUAUCGCGGCGAGAGAGGGGCUCGAGGGGAGAGAGGUGAUAAGGGUGAGAAGGGAGAUGCUUUUGUUAUCUCUAAAAGUGCCUUCUCUGUGGGACUCACAGCAUUUUCUAAACUCCCUGCAGCGAACGCACCCAUCCGGUUUGACAAGAUCAUUUACAAUCAGCAGAAUCACUACGAUCCACAAACGGGACGAUUCACAUGCUCUGCAGCAGGAGCGUAUUUCUUCACCUACCACAUUACCGUCUUCUCCCGGAACGUGAAGGUGGCUCUGGUAAAAAAUGGUGCAAAGAUCAUCCACACCACAGAUAACUACCAGAGCAGCGAAGAUCAGGCAGCAGGGGGCGCUGUGCUGCACCUGGAGGUGGGGGACAGGGUGUGGCUGCAGGUGGCAGGAGGAGAGCUGUCCAAUGGGCUCUUUGCUGAUGAAGACGAUGACACCACUUUCUCUGGAUUCUUACUGUUUGGGGUUUGAAUCAGGCAUUAUCACUUUAUAACUCCUGAUUUCUUCUGUGAAACAAGAUUAAGUAGUCCGAGAUCAGUCUGCCUACAAUCUUAGCUUGACUAAAACAUUGUGCACUGGUGGAAUCAUGCAACACAAUACAUAACUUAGCUCCUACACUUAAAUGCAGAUGUAUCUUACUUUAUCUCUUCUACUUUAUGCAACAACUCCAUGUUCUUUUGAGGAACAAACAUAUUUAAUCUACUUUAUUUAAUCUUUUGUAUGACUUUUCAAAAUAUACAGGCUAAAAUGUUUUAUUUAACAUGAUGUUUAACCACAACAAUGAAAUAAUCUACCUCAUAUAUUUUGCCAGUUAAACAAUACAAUAAUUUAUCUUAAGCAAAAAUAGAAUCAUGUUUUCUUAAUCCUUACACAUUCUGGUGAUUUUCACUAGUCUAAAAUUUAAUACUGUUUAAAGGAAGGAUUUUAUUUUAUUUUUUUAAUUACAUGCACUUUUUAUUUCGUAUUCUUCAUCAGUUUUGCACACCGUUUGCCCAUUUUUGCAUUUUUUA